AUGCGCCUGUCCAUCUCCUGCGACCACUGCAGGCAGUCCAAGGUCAAGUGCGUGCACGAUGGCCAUCCUCCCUGUCGUCGCUGCCUGCGUCUCAACCGCGCUCCCUGCCUGCUCACUGACCCUCGCUCGCCUUCGACUCCUUCGUCCUCACGCAGAGCUCGUCCUUCCACUGCCAGAACACGAGUUGAUCCCCCGCGAGACGAUCCCCCACAAGAUGAUCCCACGGUGAGUCCAGCAAGUGCGACAAGUCCAACCAGCCUCCCCCCCUCGACGCUCAUCGCCGCCUGCGACCUCUACCGCAAGAAAUUCCCCGUCGUCAACUUCCUGCACUAUCCCUCGUUAAUCGCCGACCUCUCGCGCGAUGUCUCCUCCGUCGAGCCCAUCUUCCUCGCCGCCCUCCUCUCCCUCUGCGCCCGCUUCAUGACACAAACACACCCCAACCUCGCCCCCUCCGAAUCCUACGCCCAAUACGCCCGCGCCCAGCUCGCCCAUCGCGCAUUCGAGUCCCCCUCCCUCCCCCUCGCCCAGUCCCUCGUCAUGAUCUCGCUGUACGAAUGGGGCUCCGGCCGCCCCUACCGCGCCUGGAUGUACAGCGGCAUGGCAACGUACAUGAUCCAGAGCCUGCUGAAGAGCGCAGACGACCAUAUGGAGCAUGCGCCCGAGAAAUUCCAAGCCCAGAGCCAGAGCCAGACGCAGAUCGCGUACGAGCAGCUGGUGCGCACGUACUGGUGCUGCUUUGCGCAGGACUGCGAGCUGAGUUCCGGGGCGAGACAGCACUUUGCGCUCUCGUUUCGCCAGAUUUCGGUGCCGUUGCCGAUUGGGGAUUCGGAUUUUAAUUUUGGUCGUCUUACGAGGAGGCUUACCCCGAGGGAUAUUCAGGGUGUUGGUGGUGGUGAUAUUGGUGGUGUUGGGACGGGUGAGGGGUUGAGGUUGGGGAUUGAGCAUGGGUUGACGAUUGUUACGCGGGGGUUUGAUAUCUUCGUGAGGAUCUUGCGCUUUGCGAAUGAGAGUCGGCGGGAUCGCGAUCGGGCGAGGGGUGUGCUGCAUUCGUCGGGGUCUGCUUGGAUGGCGCUGAAGGAGGAGCUGGAUGAGUGGAGGGCGCUGCAGGAUGUUAUUGUGCGGUAUCCGGAGACGAGUGCGCAUGCCCAUGUCGCGCUUGGAUAUGGGGAGCUGUUUGCGUAUAUUAAUCUGGUCUACUUUAUGAGUAUUCUCUUCCUCUAUCGCGACCGGUUUCUUGCUACUCCGAAAGUCCACAGCGAUGAGGAUGCAGACGAGACCAUCGAUCGCCUCUUUUCUACCGCCCAGCAUAUCGGAGCUAUCCUGUCUUCGUUGGAGAGCUGUGCCACGCCUGUCAUCACCCCGUAUGCCGGAUUCAGCGUCUUCGUUGCGGCCCAUAUCAACAUGUACGGGACGGUGUCUCCCAUGCGCUAUCCUGGUGGUCUGGAGCGCGCAGAGCAAGAAAAGAAAUCGAAUUUCGAAUAUCUGGAACGAUUGUGCGGGUUCUGGGAUGUAGGGACUAGCUGGUGGCAAACCUUGCAAGAAGCGAAUCGGUUCUACGAGAGCGCCCGCUCUCAACAAGGCCUGGGUCAAGACCAUCUUACCCUGGCAGGGACAUUCGACGAAUACGGUGACAUUCGCAUCUCGCGACCGGACCCGACUGCAUCCCAGGGCCGGACGACGCCUGUCCAGAAUACGGCGUCGAUCCCGAUAGACGCUGACCAUGCAGGAUCCUACGAUCUGGAAGCGGAAAUGAUGCAGUGGCCAUUCCUGGAUGAGACCUGGUCUGUUGGGUUCGCUACGGGAUUUGAGACUACGUGGCCGGGCUUGGGAUGA